AUGAUAUCUUCAAAUUUCUUUGAAGUUGGAGCUCAAGGCUUUGUAGUUACAAACGUAUCCGGCAUUAGAGGAGGUUCUGGAGGAGGAUAUGGAGGCGGAGGUGGAUUAGGGGGAGGCUACAGUGGAGGUGGAGGACUAGGCGGAGCAGGAAGUUACGGAGGAGUAGGAGCUACUGCAGUAGGCAGUGGCUACGGCACAGGUACAUCAUUUAGUGGAGCUUAUGCUGACGGGGGCUUCGGCGGUGUAAAGCCAGGCACGGUCUAUGCGGUGCCGCUGACCGCAAGAGCAGGGGAACUGGGCUGUGGUUCUUGUGGUGGGGAAUCAGGCGGGACUUCGGGUGGUGGUUGUGCGUCUAGAGGAUUUCCAGGAGGUGGAUCCACUGAGUAUUCUAAAAGUACAUCAGAAGGAUCUUCGGGCGGGAUCUCAGGUGGAUAUUCAGGAAUAGGGUCAGGAAGUGAAUGUGGAACUUUAGGUUGCUCAGGAUUGGGUAAUUCUGGAUCACCUGGAUAUUCAGGAGAUGCAUCAGGUGGAUAUUCGGGAUACAGCUCAAGUGGAUAUUCACCAAGUGGAUCAAAUGGGUAUUCAGAAGUUGGGCAUUCAGAUGGUGGAUUUGGUGGAUAUUUAAGAGUUGUUUCGACUGGAUAUUCAGCAGGGGGAUCAGGUGCUUAUGUAGGGGCCGGAUCAAAUGGAUAUUCAGCAGGUGAAUCAACUGAAUUUUCACACAGCGCAUCAGGAAGAUAUUCAGGAAGUGCCCCUGCAUCAAGUGGAUUAAAUGGGUAUCCACCCAAUGGAUCAGGCAGAUAUCCAGAAAGUGGAUCGGUAGGAUAUCAUGGAGGUGGAUUCAGCAGUGGAAUUGGAAGUGGGACUUGGAUUGGCACUGCCUCACCAGGAAAUAUACAAAGAAGACCCAGUACCUAUAGUACCAGUGGGUUUGGAUCUGGAAGCGGUACCUGGACCAGUACUAGUUUCAGCUCAGGAAACCUUGCCAACAGACCUGGUACUGGUCGUUUAAUAGGGUGUCUCACAAACAAACCAGGUGAAUGUGGAGGAGCAACGGUUGGUUAUCAGAAUGGAGGCAGCGAAGACAGUUACGGAAGUGGCACUUAUAGCACUGUCAGUCCUGUUUCUUCAAACCCUGAAGAGAUGCAAAUUUAUCAGAUAGACAUAAGGAGCAAUAUUCCUCCCAGAAAAUGA